AUGGACUAUCGAAUUUUAUAUGGUUAUCCAUAUGGUCUUCCAUGGUUAAGACUCGAUGCGAAGAAGAAGCAGUUCCGUCUGCUCAGUCUCCACCUAGGAGAACCGAACGCAGAAGUCAGCUGCUCUUUACUCCGUGAUUCCCUCGAGGGCAUGCCCCUACAAAAAUAUGAGACCAUCUCGUAUGUCUGGGGAGACACUACGACGAAGAAGACAAUCCGUCUGAACGGCUAUGAGAUCGGGGUAGGCGCAAGCGCGAAACGAGUGCUGCGGCGCUUCCGGCUGCCGCACCGGUCUCGUUUCCUUUGGAUUGACGCCGUCUGCAUUAUUCAGAACGACUUGGAGGAGCGCAGUCAGCAAGUCGCUUUGAUGGCCGACAUCUACUCCAAGGCUGCGCAUGGCCUCAUCUGGCUCGGCGAUGAUGACGGGUACGCACAUGCUGCGCGAGACUGCAUCAACGCAGUAUACGAAGAUGCGCGAGGACAGACGGACAACUUUCGCCUACUGAAAGAGACGGUCUAUGACGAUACAGGUCGUCUGCGCUACUCGGCCACGGGCCUUGCGAUCGACAUAGAUCCUGCCCCUCUAGCCCGGCUACUGGAAUGCCCAUGGUUCCAGCGUCUGUGGGUGGUACAAGAGGCAUCACUAGCAGACACGAGCACAUGCUAUUGGGGCGAUGUCAAACUAUGGCUAACGAAAGUCCUCACGACUUGGUUGACGCACAAAUAUGCAUAUCUAUCAUUCGAGGUGCUGACGAUGAUGCCGAGAAUAGAUAACGCGUCGAUGAUGUGGGAGUUGGCUGAUAAGGCCAAUAGCCCAUUCAGAGGCAGCUGGGCCAAGGACAUAGAUCUCAUAUUCCUUCUGGAUAUGGUCCGCUCAUUUCAUGCACACGAUUCGCGAGAUCAUGUAUUCGGCAUUAUCGGGCUGUACCAAAGAUUUACCAAUGACUUGGUGCCUGACGUUCCGCUCCCGGUGGAGUUGGUGCCCGACUAUACGAAACCGUGGGCCGAGGUAUACCGUGACGCUACGCGGUUCGCUGUGGAAGAAACUCGUGAUCUGUCUUUACUUUACGAGUUGUAUCGCCGCCCGGCUGAAAUUGCAGACGACAUGCCAUUUACCAACAUGGGUACCGCGCUGGGAUCGGCCUUUAGAUAG